AGUAUGUAUAUCACUUUGUCUCGCAGCGAGCAGAAGACCUUACUAUUGGGUAACCACACCAGCAAGCUACUUGUUUAAGUGAGUUCAGCAACGGACUUGUAACUCGUUCAAACGAUGUUCCCGGAACGGCGUUUGGAUUAUUUUGAGCACGAGAAAGUCGGCGGAUUCGUUUGAUUGAUUUUGCCGCUAUGGGCCAGGCGUGGCUGUUCCUGCGGGGACCCGCGCCGUGCAGACCCGGGGGCGUAAACUGGGAAAAGUCCAUCUGCCAGUUUCGGGUUAUUUUGGUGGGCGAGUCGCGCGUCGGUAAAACAUCCCUCGUCCUCCGUUUAACGGAGGACAAGUUCAGUGUCAGUGUCCAGCAAACGAUUGGCGUGGACUAUUACGCACACAUGCUGGAAACUCCGUCAAUGCUGAGAGUGAAGCUUCAGGUCUGUGACACGGCGGGGCAAAAGGAACUCAGGACAAUGACAGGAUCAUAUCUUCAAGUUAUGCUUGGCGGUCUGCUGGUAUUCGACAUUACAAAUCGCCAUUCCCUUGACUACAUUAGAAACUGGCUGGAUGAAGCCAGCGACCUGUUUGACCAGUGCAAGUAUGUCUUCAUUCUUGUUGGCCACAAGAGUGACCUGUCAGCCGAAAGGACAGUCUCUACAGAGGAAGCCGAGAAAUUUGCAGAAGACUCGGGCUUGAGGUACAUUGAGACGUCUGCCAAAGACAACACCAACAUACAAGAAGUGUUUCACAUGCUGGCAGCGUCGAUUGCCGAGAUGGUGAAACCAAAGAUCAAGGGAGGAAUUGCUGAAACACGACUUGUCAUAUUCAACCGAUGACUUUUGGCUUUGGGUCAAAGAGUUUUGAUGCUGCAUUGACCUGAUCUAUUUUACAUAAGAGCGAAAAGUGACAAACUUGGUCUAUCACAAUCAGUUUGCAACUAGCAGAUGAUGACGUGACCUUGACAGAGACUGAAGUGGAUCUUUCAUGAUUUCUAAAUAGCUGAGGUGAACGCCUAUGCUCUUCUUUGAUGUGCUUCACUGGUACAUCCAGGUACACUUUUUAUAACUGAGACUACUUCAUGUUAUUGAUAAAGUGUUUACGGUUGCUGGAAAUCUGAAAUAAAAGCAGAUGGUGCCGGAGGAACUGGGUGAGGCAGGUACCAAGGAAAGAGAAACUGCUAAUAUUUCAGUCUGACUCUAACCAGUCUAAUAUUUCUACCGUUUCAUAUCAAGGGUGGAGAAAAUGGCAAAUGAACCAUUUGCGUAAAUGAGGCAAAAAAAUUAUCUUCACUACAAAGCCUGUGGGGCUGGGAGGAAGAACAAACUACCAAAAGCACCAUGGUUUGGAUCGCCUCAUUCUGUGCAGUGAUAUAGAGUGUAUAAUGGAAAAUGUAGAAAUGCAUUGUUUGUCAUUAGAGUACUGUACAGAUGAAUUGAUAGAGGAGCAUCAAAAUAAGCUUUGACAAUUUUAUGUAGCAGUGUUUUGUUUUUAUGGAGAUAAUUCCUAGUUUUUAUUACCACAGCAUGAAUCUCCACAGGUGCUAGUUUCACAGGAUUUUGUUGUUUUAUUCUCGAUAUUUUAAUAUCCCCAAAGUUUUAUAAUAAAAGUAGUCUGGAGAUUAUUAUAUGUGUAGUAUUGCACCCUCAGCCCCAGAACAGCACAAUGAAAGGAAAUGUGCGUUUUAAAAAGAAAAACCAGAAUUUCGUAUUUAUUGCAGAGUUGGAAAGAAUUGGAAAAGUGUAGCUCAGGUGGUUGAUAGUUGGGUUGAGUUGUUCUUGAAUCCUGGCAACUUAUUUGCAAACUUUUCAUCACCAUUCAAGGGGACA